AUGUGCUGUGAAUUCACUGAACCAACCUCAGCUAGGAAUAAGCUCACCUGGGAUGGAAGAUAUACCAGUUCUAGGUUCCAGUUCGCUCUAUUCGCGAUUCCUGGAAACCGGAGCAAACGGCUUUUUUUCGAUAGGGAAGGCUUUAGCUGCAGCAAAAAGGAUUAUGCUCACGAUCUUGCGUUUCGCCAGAAGAUCAAUGGGUAUAACCAAGUUGUGAUCCCAAGACUCAAAUAUGCCAUCUCGUGCAUAAUAUAUGGCACUGGAAAAUUCGGCAUAACGAGGAAAAUAGCUAAAGCGUUUGAUGAAGUCGGAUUCGCAAGUUGUUGGCAGAAUCACGGAUGCGAUCUAGCCACAGCUGCAUAUCAAGGCUCUAUGUUAUCAAGAAAAAGAGGGACCCGGUUAGAAAGUAGCCGAGGAGGAAGCGGAACACUCUGUGGUGUAUACAUAAUGCUGCCUCUUCUCAAGGCCGGGAUUUCAAGGAUUGCUACGGUCUGUGCGAAAGCUUACGAAGCAGCACCAGAAAAUAGACUGAAAAACGACUUUGAGCGUCUAGCUCAAGCCUGCAUUCAAAUCAAAGACCGUACGUUCGCAACGCCUUCGGAGGCAGCGCGAGCCAUUUCGGCUCUUGUUCACGAACGGUACACAUGA